AUGGCGUCCGUGUACUGGUUCGUCAUCGGAAUUGUCGAUGUUUUGGCCAUCAUCUUCAACGCAUUCCUCAUUUAUUUGGCUCUCUACCAUACUCCCAAAAUGGUUCGCACCUAUACAACACUCAUUAUCAACCUGGCCUUCACCGACUGUUGCUCGGCUUUUCUCAACUUUUUCGUUCAACAAAGAAUGAUUCCAGCCGGUUUCACAAUUGGAUAUGUGUCGAAUGGAUGGUGCAGAGCCUUCGGAUAUCGAGUCUGUUUCAUGAGGUUUGUGUGAAAAGAAAAGAAGUAACAGGAAUGAUAUUUUCAGUCACAACAUGAUGGCCCACUUCAUCGUGCACUCCAAUUACUCUCUUCUUCUAUCGUUCGCUUAUCGCUAUUACAUACUCAGAAAGCCUGAACCUCAACGGAAAACUGUCCUCGCUCUCCUUCUCGUAGCCUAUCUCCCUUCUUUCGUUCAGAUGGUGAGAACACGAGAAGAAAAUUGUUUUUCACUACCAUCAGGAACUUGUCAGAUUCUUUAUCAACUCGCCGAAUCGGAUCCCUCCGAAAUCAUCUCCGUGCUCGCCUAUUAUCAUCCCGAGUACAAUUUUACUGGAAUGACAGUCAGUGGAGUGGCAGACAUCCGAAGCGUCUUCGCUCUUUUCAAAAUCCUACAGAUGACUGCCUUGACUGUUCCCGUAUUCUCCACAAUAAUUUUAUUACGGAAAAAGAUCAUUGACAGACUCGUCUACAGAGGAAUCAACAUUUCGUUGAGCACAAAGAGCCUCCAUUCACAAUUGCUAAUGGUGAUCACUUUCCUUGUUUCUCAUUUCAAUCAGAUUCUUCUCAGGCGCUCACCUACCAAGCCCUCCUUCCCACUCUCUACUCAAUCAGCGUCGUGAUGUACGUCCUCGAGCAAUCGGGAAUCUACUCGACGCCGGCGAUUGAGGACUACAUAAUGUCCGGACUCGUGCUCAUUCCCUUCUGCUCUCCGUUCACUUCCUUCUUCUUUUUCACUCCCUACAAACGAUUGAUUCUGGGAUUGUUCCUGAAGAGCUACAUGAAAAAGCCGUCGACCACCUCGGAAAGUGGCGCCGUCUCCAUUCCAAUCUGA